GGCGUCAUUCACGUUUAGGAAGUGACUGCAAGGAGGAAGGCUUCUCGGCGUUACAUCUUCAUACGCGGAAGGAAGAAAACACAGCAAACAGGCCAGCAAGCGGCAGUUUUCACCGGUGCAGAAUCAGCAAGCUCACAGAAAAUGAAAUCCUAUCAGAAGCUGACCACAGAUGCCAAUCAAGUCCCGGACGCUGGAGAGGAGAACGUGGAUGGGAGACCACUGUGCCACCAAAAGCUCUCUGCCUGGUGGCUGGGCGGAGGUCUCCUGAUGGUGGCCGCUCUGCUUAGCGGAGUGACCGUUUGGGUCCUGGGCCAGAUUUGGUGGAGUCAACACGGGACGCCCCCCCUGGCCAAGUGCGUCUCCGUCCCGGAAGACCUCCGCUUCGACUGCUACCCAGAAAGGAACACCGUGGUGACGCGGGAACUGUGCGAGGCCCGAGGGUGCUGUUUUGUUGAUAGUGACCAGUCCUCUGGAAGCACCAACGGGGUGCCCUGGUGCUUCUACCCCCCGGAUUUCCCCAGCUACACCUUGGGGAACGUGAACGAGACCGAAAUGGGGCUGGUGGGGUUCCUGACCAGGAAAGCAAAGGCCUAUUACCCAAAAGAUGUUGAGAAACUGCAGCUCAGUGUGGAGUUUGAAACCGAUACCCGGUUACACGUCAAGAUCACCGAUGCCACAUCUCCUCGGUACGAAGUUCCCUUGGAGGUACCUCCGGUGACAAAGAGAGCAGAGAAUCCCAUCUAUACCGUUGAGUUCUCCAAGGAGCCCUUUGGGUUGAUAGUGAAGCGGAAAACGUCAGGGACAGUGCUGUUGAACACGACAGUGGCUCCCUUGUUCUUCGCCGAUCAGUUCCUCCAGAUUUCUACCCUCCUUCCAUCUUUGUACCUUUAUGGUCUUGGGGAGCAUCGAAGUAACUUUGUGCACAGCCUGGAGUGGAACACUUUGACUUUCUGGGCCAGAGAUGUUCCUCCGACGGAGAGCUUCAAUCUCUAUGGCGUUCAUCCGUUUUAUCUUAUCAUGGAGAAGAGUGGAGCUGCCCAUGGGGUUUUCCUCUUGAACAGCAAUGCAAUGGAGGUGGCCCUUCAGCCGGCACCUGCCCUCACCUGGAGGACCAUCGGAGGAGUUCUGGAUUUCUACAUCUUUCUAGGACCAGAUCCCAACUUGGUGGUCCAGCAGUACCAGCAGGUGAUUGGCUUCCCGGCCAUGCCUCCUUAUUGGGGCCUGGGCUUCCACCUCUGCCGCUGGGGCUACGGGAGCAGCAAUGAGACCUGGGAGACCGUAAAAGCCAUGAGGAAUUUUCAGAUCCCCCAGGAUGCCCAGUGGAACGACAUUGACUACAUGGAGGGCUAUCGGGACUUCACCGUGGACUCUCAGAAGUUUGGCGCUCUCCCCCAGAUGGUGGAAGAUCUCCACAAACACGGACAAUAUUAUGUGAUGAUUCUGGAUCCUGGGAUCAGCAGUACUCAGCCUCCUGGCUCUUACUGGCCUUACGAUGAAGGUUUGAAACGUGGCAUAUUCAUCAAUAACACCCAAGGAGAACCUCUGAUAGGGAAGGUCUGGCCUGGUCUUACUGCUUAUCCUGACUUCUCUAACCCAGAUACUCACCAAUGGUGGCUGGAGAAUCUGAAUAGUUUCCACUCAAUUGUUCCCUUUGAUGGCAUUUGGAUUGACAUGAAUGAACCAUCUGACUUCAUGGAUGGCUCAUCGGAAGGCUGUUCUCAAGGAGAAUUGGAUAACCCACCAUAUGUGCCUGCUGUAUUGGGAGGUUUCCUUUCUGCCAAGACCAUCUGCACCUCUGCCAGGCAAAGCACCUCUGCGCACUACAACCUCCACAACCUGUAUGGAUUGAUGGAAGCCAAAGCAACUGCUAGUGCUCUGAUUAAACUCCGGGCAAAACGGCCCUUCAUCAUCUCCCGCUCAACUUUUCCAAGCCAGGGCAAAUAUUCUGGACACUGGCUUGGUGACAACAGGAGCACUUGGAAGGACAUGGCUUGGUCCAUCCCUGGAAUGCUGAGUUUCAGCCUCUUUGGAAUCCCUUUAGUCGGGGCGGACAUCUGCGGCUUCUCUGGUUCUACCUCUGAGGAACUCUGCACUCGCUGGAUGCAGCUGGGGGCCUUCUAUCCCUUUUCCCGCAACCACAACACUCAAGACGAGAAGGCUCAGGAUCCCCCGGCUUUCAGCCCCGCAGCAAGGACCGCCAUGAAGGAAGCCUUGGAAAUCCGCUACAGCUUGCUGCCCUAUCUCUAUUCCCUUUUCCAUCGGGCUCACCUGCAAGGGGACACUGUGGCCCGGCCUCUCCUUUUUGAGUUUCCAAAGGAUGUGGCCACCUACUCCAUCGACAAGCAGUUCCUCUGGGGACGGGGUCUGCUGGUGACGCCGGUGCUGGACCCUGGUGUGGACUGGGUGAUUGGCUAUUUCCCUCGAGGCUUGUGGUACGACUACUACACGGGUUCUCUGGUGAAUAGCAGUGGGGAGAACUUGAAAAUGGCAGCCCCACUCGACCACAUCAAUUUGCACAUCCGUGAAGGGACCAUUCUCCCAACUCAGAAUCCAGGUUGCUGCACUUCCGUCAGCCGAGGUAAUCCCAUGCGCUUGAUCGCAGCCUUGUCACAGAACGCCAACGCCUGGGGAGAUCUUUACUGGGAUGACGGAGAAAGCUUGGAUGCCUUUGCGAAGGGCGACUAUUCAUACCUAGUGUUCAACGUCACCCAGAAUACCUUCACUUCUGCUGUCCUGCAUUCCAGUGUGGAAACCACCCAUGUCGCCAUAGAUGUAUUGACUGUAUAUGGAGUGAGAGAAGAGCCAAAGAUUGUCACGGUCAAUGGGAAGGUGUGGCCAUUCAGCUAUUUGACAAACCAGGUUCUCACCAUGAAUGACCUACAGCUCAACCUCAGCCAGGGAUUCUCCAUACAGUGGAAGUGAGCUGGGCACAGUUUCCUCCAGCCUGGCGGCUGUAUGUUCAUGCGCAGGUUGGGCUUUCGGCCCACGCGGAACCUCUGGAUGGGGUCACCACACUCUGCGAGUUUUUGUGGGUCCGUCUCUUGGCCUCGUUGUCGUCUCCUCUCUGCCUCCGCUUGGGAAGAGGACUCCUGAUUCUCCCCCUUGCUGCUUCCACUCUGAACACUUCCCUUCUGAGAACCUCCCGCCUCGCCUCUGUGAGAGUCCUUUGCAUGUCGCUAGGCAUCCCAUGCCCCACCCUGCAUGUGUCGGAAGGUGCAUUGUGGUUUUGUCAGGAAGGGAGCUGGUGGAAGUGUAAAAUAACUUUUUCUGGACGGGAGCCCUGUGUUGCACCACGCCAUCGCUGUUUCCUGUGGUAGGGUUGCCUCCAUUGCUGCAUGAAAUAGGAGACCCUCAACUUGCAUGCCGACCUCCUCCAGCCUAGCCAUUGGCAUUUCCACUUUUCAAGAAUGAAGGGAUGACAAAGGCAGAGGGAGAAAAGACUCUUGGGUCUUGGAAUGGACUUUGCCAAAUAGAACUUGGAAAAAGAAGUCAGAUUAAAGCCUCUUGAGCAAGAGUCAUGUGAGAUCCAUAAGCUGUGUGAUUCUGGGACUUGUAGUCCCAAGUUCUGCAGCCAAAAAUGGGUGGGAGGUGACACUGUGCACCCCAUGACCCUGCCUGGGUUCUAAUGUGGAAUAAGGAAAGCCAAAGCCAGGAACAUACCAGCCUUUUAAACAGAAUUGGAACUAGCAGAAAGUAUAGCACCUCUGAUUGGGCAACUUUGCAUCUAUACGAAAUUGGGGGCGAUACCACGGCUGCCAAUGAGAAGGGCUGAUAUUACACAGCAUAGUUGCCAUCCCGUGCCUUUAAAAAUCUGAACUCACACACAGUUCCCAAUUACUUACUAGAUCUGAGCUCCCACCACCAACUCAUAAAACCCAAAUUCUUAAAGAGUUCCAUGCCAUGCAUUAGGUGGCACCUUGUGAAGUACAUUAAACACUAGAUGGCACAUGCUUGCCAAACCUGCAAACAUAAAAAUUGGGGUUUUGCUCUACAUGUUACAAUUACUGUCAGUAUUACUCUUGCUUCAAAACACUGUUCAUUGCUAAAAGAGCCAGACAGUUUCGCUCCCAGAGGGAUGGACCUUUGGUCUGUGUGGCAACGUGCCACUUGUCUCACUGAAUAGCCGAGCGAAAAGGCCACUGCUAGGUGGUUAGAACGCACAAACUCACUCAGGAGGCUGCCUUGCACAAUAGAUAGUCCUCUAUAAGGUCCCUUUUGCCAUCUAGGCAAUGGGGAAAUGUAACUUUUGUAAGGGACCUUGGAUCAGAUGCCCAACUUGGGUCAAUCCAGGGCAUUUUGAGCCAGCCCUGAACUCACCCUCAGUCUGAAUGUCUCUCGCCUAAACUACAGUAAGAAAGACAAAUCAAUUGCACUAUUUUCCCCCCUGAAUCUAGAGUUCUGUCAAUACAAAUCCUACUGUCUUUCUUUGCUUAUCCUCAGCAAGGAGGGUAAGCUUCUAAACCCUUGGAAAAACUAUUCUAACAUGUUCCAGUUCAGGGGUUAAAAGCUGGAACUAUGGAACAGUUUUUAAAACAUACCAAGGCCCCUUCCACACAGCCCUUUCAAGGUAGAAAAUCCCACAUAUCUAAGUGUGGACUCAAGUAAUAACUCAGUUCAGAUAAUCCAGUUCAAAGCAGAUAUUGUGGGAUUUUCUGCCUUGAUAUUCUGGGAUAUAGGGCUGUGUGGAAGGGCCCUAAGAUCUCCUUUGGCCGAGAGAAGCAGGGUAUAAAUACAUAUAAUAUAUAAAUUAAUACAUUUUGUUCAGCUCACCAUCCUGUCCUGAGUUCUCUGGGUCUAAACACCACUGAACUCAAUGGUACUUUAUUUUGAGUUGACAUCUGUUGAGGUGAAUCGCAUCCCCAUCAGCUUGCAAUUCAAUAGUAAAUGGAUAACUGAGUUAGGACAUUGGAAGAUGAUUUAGAUCCAUCCCAUGACUCGAAUUAGUCCUGCUUCCUCAUGAACUUCAGCAAAUGGUAUGGAUAGGCAUCCUGCCUUCCCUGUUGCUGGAGGUAAUAUAUAGCUAAUAGCCAUUGAUAGCCUUGGAGAUUGGAUGCAUGUUGCGUCACCGUUAACGUUGGCCUUCUAGGAGUUGCCUUAGUUGGUUUGGGUUGAUGUUUUUGGGAAAUUGUUUUGUUUAGGCUGCCAAAGACUUGAAAUAACUUGCCUUUAUUAAACGAAUGCUCACUUGUUCAUCCAAUCAAGUUGGAUGAUCUACUGUUGCCAAAUGUUAUAUCAUUGAUUGAUUGUUAGAAAUGUAUUGUCGAAGGCUUUCAUGGCUGGAAUCAUUGGGUUGUUGUGAGUUUUUCGGGCUGUAUGGCCAUGUUCCAGAAGCAGUCUCUCCUGA